UUCCUUUGGAUUAAAUACCUUGAUUCAGGGUGAACAACCCCCCGGUCAGAGUUCUUUUACUUUACUUUACAUUUACUUUACACAAUAUGGGUCUUCUAGAUAUCGUUCCAGCUGGUGUCAUUACCGGUGACAAUGUUCGCAAGGUCUUUGAUUAUGCACAAGAGCACGGUUUUGCUAUCCCCGCUAUCAAUUGUACUUCCACCAGUACCGUCAACGCCGCGUUAGAGGCUGCUCGUGAUAUCAAAUCUCCCAUCAUUAUUCAGUUCUCAAAUGGUGGAUCCGCCUACUAUGCUGGAAAGGGCUUGAGCAAUGAUGGUCAAAAGGCUUCUAUCCUUGGUGCUGUUGCUGGCGCCCACUACGUCCGUCAAGUUGCUGCAGCUUAUGGAAUCCCAGUCUUGAUCCAUUCUGAUCAUUGUGCCAAGAAGCUUAUCCCAUGGUUCGAUGGUAUGAUUGCCGCAGAUGAGGAAUACUUCAAGGCUCAUGGUGAACCACUUUUCUCAUCUCACAUGUUGGAUUUGUCUGAGGAGCCCAAGGAAGAGAACAUCGAAAUCUGCUUAAAGUACUUGAAGCGCAUGGCCCCCAUGAAGUGCUUAUUGGAAAUGGAGAUCGGUAUCACUGGAGGCGAAGAAGAUGGUGUUAACAAUGAAAAUGUAGACAACGCUUCUCUGUACACUCAGCCAGAAGAUAUCUGGGACAUCUACAAGGCAUUCUCCGAAGUCACUGAUUUGUUCUCUAUUGCUGCUGCAUUCGGCAAUGUCCAUGGCGUCUACUCACCUGGUAAUGUCAAGCUUCAUCCUGAAUUGCUUGGAAAGCACCAAAAGUAUGUCCAACAGCAACUCAGCACUAAGGACGAUAAGCCCGUCUACUUCGUCUUCCACGGAGGUUCUGGUUCUACUCACCAAGAAAUUGCCACUGCCGUGUCAUUCGGUGUUGUCAAGAUGAAUGUUGAUACUGACACUCAAUGGGCUUAUCUUGUUGGAUUCCGAAACUACAUGGAAGCCAAGAAGGACUAUUUGAAGGCACAAGUUGGCAACCCCGAAGGUGCCAACAAGCCUAACAAGAAGUACUAUGAUCCUCGUGUCUUCGUUCGUGAGGGUGAAAAGACCAUGAUCACUCGUGUACAAGAAGCAUGCAAGGAUCUCGGAAACGUCAACAGACUUUAAUCGGAUUUUUCCCACUGCUUCGACCAUAAUAGGUUGAUCAAUAGCAUUAGUCAAUUUCAAACAAUAUUGCAUCCACCGUAUCAAAUGAAUAAAUCGAUAUUCCUGUACAUUCAGUAUCUCAUAUUGGUUCCUUUUUUUGUCUACUAAUUCUUUUGAAAUGUAUUUG